GGGCGGCGGCCGCGCCCCCGGCGCCGAGACAAAGCCGGGGCCGAGCGCUGGAGGCGAGCGGAGGGGUCGGCCCCGCUGCGCGCACAGGCGGGAGGCUGCAGCGGGAGCUGAGCUGACUUUGCCCGCGGCCCCUCCCCACCCGGCGGCGAGGCUGCAGCCGGGAAGCGCUGCCUGGGACCAUGGGGAGCAGCAAGAGCAAGCCCAAAGACCCCAGCCAGCGCCGGCGCAGCCUGGAGCCCACCGACAACACCCACCAUGGGGGCUACCCAGCUUCACAGACCCCCAGCAAGGCGGCUGCUCCCGAUGCCCAUCGCACCCCCAGCCGCUCCUUCGGGACCAUGGCUGCCGAGUCCAAGCUCUUUGGAGGUUUCAACACCUCCGACACGGUCACAUCGCCGCAGCGUGCCGGGGCGCUGGCCGGUGGAGUCACCACCUUCGUGGCCCUCUAUGACUACGAGUCCCGGACCGAAACGGAUUUGUCCUUCAAGAAGGGAGAGCGCCUGCAGAUCGUCAACAACACGAGAAAAGUGGAUGUCAGGGAAGGUGACUGGUGGCUGGCUCAUUCCCUCACUACAGGACAGACGGGCUACAUCCCCAGUAACUAUGUCGCGCCCUCAGACUCCAUCCAGGCUGAAGAGUGGUACUUUGGGAAGAUCACGCGCCGCGAGUCCGAGCGGCUGCUGCUGAACCCCGAAAACCCCCGAGGGACCUUCCUGGUGCGGGAGAGCGAGACCACGAAAGGUGCCUAUUGCCUCUCUGUCUCUGACUUCGACAACGCCAAGGGGCUCAACGUGAAGCACUACAAGAUCCGCAAGCUGGACAGCGGCGGCUUCUACAUCACCUCCCGCACCCAGUUCAACAGCCUGCAGCAGCUCGUGGCCUAUUACUCCAAACACGCCGACGGCUUGUGCCAUCGUCUCACCAAUGUCUGCCCCACUUCCAAGCCCCAGACCCAAGGCCUUGCCAAGGAUGCCUGGGAGAUCCCCCGGGAAUCGCUGCGGCUGGAGGUCAAGCUGGGACAGGGCUGCUUCGGAGAGGUGUGGAUGGGGACCUGGAACGGCACCACCCGGGUGGCGAUCAAGACACUGAAGCCCGGCACCAUGUCCCCGGAGGCCUUCCUGCAGGAAGCCCAGGUCAUGAAGAAGCUCCGGCACGAGAAGCUGGUUCAGCUGUACGCCGUGGUUUCGGAGGAGCCCAUUUACAUUGUCACUGAGUACAUGAGCAAGGGGAGCCUCCUGGACUUCCUGAAGGGUGAGAUGGGCAAGUACCUGCGGCUGCCCCAGCUCGUGGAUAUGGCAGCUCAGAUCGCAUCCGGCAUGGCCUACGUGGAGAGGAUGAACUAUGUCCACCGGGACCUGCGGGCAGCCAACAUCCUCGUGGGGGAGAACCUGGUGUGCAAAGUGGCCGACUUUGGCUUGGCCCGGCUCAUCGAGGACAAUGAGUACACUGCUCGGCAAGGUGCCAAGUUCCCCAUCAAGUGGACAGCCCCCGAAGCUGCUCUGUAUGGCAGGUUUACCAUCAAGUCAGAUGUCUGGUCCUUUGGCAUCCUCUUGACUGAGCUGACAACCAAGGGCAGAGUGCCAUACCCAGGGAUGGUGAACCGGGAGGUGCUGGACCAGGUAGAGCGGGGGUACCGCAUGCCCUGCCCGCCCGAGUGCCCCGAGUCCCUGCAUGACCUCAUGUGCCAGUGCUGGCGGAAGGACCCGGAGGAGCGACCCACCUUCGAGUACCUGCAGGCUUUCCUGGAGGACUACUUCACCUCAACAGAGCCCCAGUACCAGCCUGGCGAGAACCUAUAGACCUGGAGCUCCUCCUGGCACCAGGGACGCUGCCAUCCUCGCUAUGGGGUGCCAGGGGCUGGCCUCCCCAGCGAGGAGCUGGGUUUUUGUGGAGCAGCCCUGAGGUGGGAUGGGGCAUCGUGUCCGGAUGCGGCCAGGAGAGGCUCUGGGUGUCCCCAUCACUCAUUAAGGCUUCUGGCCCGUGUUUAAUGAAGCAGCACCAUCCCGCUGGCGAGAGGAGCCUGUGGGUGCCGGCAGAGCCGGCUCGGAGGGCGAGCAGAGCAUCUCUUGAUGAGAAACUUGGCUUCUGGGAGACCUUUUCCCUCCCCAGCAGCUCUGGGGUGAGCCUGGGGGAACUGGGGGGCAGCAUCGCCCCACCUCGGACACAUGGCCCCGAUCUCCUGCACCCCCUUUUUAAAUCAGCACAAAUUUCCCUGCUCCGUCACCCAUC